ACUCGCGUCUUCGCGCUUCAGAGGACGCGGUGGGAGCCGGCGGAGAAGAGACACACACUGCAAGACACUGGACGCGGCGUCAAGGCUUCUAUUCUUUUUUUUAGAGUUGGUUGAUCGUUUGAAUUCCAUUGACAUCAAAACCUUAAUUAUUGCACAGCGGGGUGACAACAAGCCGCAGAAAACAUCCAAGAGCUUCCUCCUUUGGUAAACAUCACAGAGACAUUUCCUAUUGAUACAGUCUUGAGAUAAUGGAUUAACCACACACUCGCGGUGUUAAUGGAAAAACAAACUUUUUUGGCCAAAGCUCCUUUCGUAGCGGACUGCGUGAUGACGAUGAUGAUGAUGAUGAUGAUGAUUAUGUUGAAGUCUGAUUUUGAGGCACCACUCAUAUCUUCAUAAGUCAAUUUUUUUUAGAUUAGUUACUGUAGGCACUUCUCAGCUACCGACCGGCCUAUAUGGACAGCAACAAGUAAGGUAAACACAGCACUGCAGAAGAGCGAUCACUACUCCGGCAUAUAUGGUUUGGGGAAUGGCCGCAGCCACCUCCAGUCCAUACCUCACAAGUAACAGGAUCCUGUCGUCCGGCUCCCUCAUCCACUCCGACAGAAGGGGAGGCAUGCAGCCCGGAAACACAGCGGUCACCUCGGUUUCCGGUGGCUACAGAGGGGACCCCUCCAUCAAAAUGGUACAGAGCGACUUCAUGCAGGGCGCCAUGGCAACCAGCAACGGGGGGCACAUGCUGAGCCAUGCCCACCAGUGGGUGACAUCGCUUCCCCACGCGGCAGCCGCAGCCGCCGCAGCCGCGGUGGCCGCGGCCGAGGCCGUCUCCCCCUGGUCAUCCAGUCCUCAGCCGCAGGACGUCAAGAGGAACACGGGCAGGGAGGACCUGCACCCAGGCUCUGCGCUCCACCACAGGUCUCCCCACCUGGGAGCUCACCAGGCGCACCCGGGGGCUGGCUGGGGCGGCGCGGCGUCCUCGGCGCACAUCAGCAUCUCCGAGGGACAGCAGCAGCAGCAGCAGCAGUCCCUGCUCUACUCCCAGCCCGGAGGGUUCACCGUGAACGGGAUGCUGGGCUCACAGGGGGGCCAGAGCCUGAUGCACCCAGGACUCGUGCGCGGGGAAUCCCCGGAGCUCGAUCACGGAGGACACCACCAUCACCACCACCACCAUAGUCACCACGUGCACCAUCACCCGUCGCACCACGAGGUGAGCCACGACCCGCACUCGGACGAAGACACCCCCACGUCAGACGACUUGGAGCAUUUUGCCAAGCAGUUCAAGCAGCGGCGGAUCAAGCUGGGCUUUACCCAGGCGGACGUCGGCUUGGCGCUGGGGACCUUGUACGGAAACGUCUUCUCGCAGACCACCAUAUGCAGGUUCGAGGCGCUUCAGUUGAGCUUUAAGAACAUGUGCAAGCUCAAACCCCUUCUCAAUAAGUGGCUGGAGGAGGCAGAUUCCACGACGGGAAGCCCGACGAGCAUCGAUAAGAUUGCAGCCCAGGGAAGGAAGAGGAAAAAGCGCACCUCGAUCGAGGUGAGCGUAAAAGGUGCGUUGGAGAGCCACUUUCUGAAGUCUCCGAAGCCCUCUGCGCAGGAGAUCACCUCCCUGGCUGACACUUUGCAGCUGGAGAAAGAGGUGGUAAGGGUGUGGUUCUGCAACCGCAGGCAGAAAGAGAAGCGAAUGACGCCGCCUGGACUUCCACACACACCGGAGGACGCGUAUUCACAGGUGGGAUCCAUGAGCGCAGACACGCCACCCCCGUCGCUGGACUGUAAGAGAAUGUACAGCGACACGUGAACCCAAGGACCCCCCCGAGCACAGCCACAGAGCGGACGGCUAACUUUCAUAUGUGAAAAAGUUUGGGAAACAGACAUUUUAGAAAAUAUUUAACAAGGUACUCGCCCAUUCAAGUUUGCUCUUCUAUUUAUUUACCUCGUAAACUAUUACCAAGUGUUCCCUUCGUGCGUCCCUGUGGUCUGAAAAACAAGCCAUCCAAAUGUUUUUAUUCUAUGACUUGCAAAGAAUUAUUUCGUUUUCUCUGCCCUCUGUGUCAGAGAAGUGUUUUGAAAGUUUAAGGUAGAGAUCAUUUUCGUUGAACUUAAACUUUACAAUUACAGUCAGCUUUUUCUUAUUAGUUCAUUUAGUAACUUUAAAAUAAAACUUAUUAUAAACUUAAUGAAAAAUUGAGUGAACUUCAUUUUCAAAGACUAUGUUUGAGGGGGUUUCCUUGUAAUGCUGCAGUUAGCUUCUUUUCCCUUAAAUAUUUUUUGUAGCAAAAUGAUAAAUUAAUUUACUCUAUUUUUUAGGAUGUGUUUAUGUAAUAAGCAAUAAUAUCAUGUUUCUUCAUACAGUUUCUAAUGUGUGUGUGUCAUGUGUGUGGUGCAUCAGUUCUGAUCAUAUUUGAUGAUUGCGUGUUUCAAAAUAAGUUUUGUAUGGUGAAUUAUUAAUAGGUAUUUUAAAACAAGCACAUUAUUCCCCUUGGUAUGCACACAUAGGCCAACCGUGUAUUUUUUGUGUAAUGAUUUAGACUAUUUAUUUUUGUUUGUUGUGUUUAUUUUCAUGGAUAGUAUGAUUAUUUAAUAAAUUUGUUUAGAAAAGGUUA